GCUGUGUGUAGCAAACACAGGGCCCUUCACUCCUCUCUUUCCAUCGGAGGACGGGGGUAGAGCGAUGCUGCACUACUCCGGUAUAGUCUCAUGGGGCAUAUCUCGCGUCUUUCUUCUGUUCUCUUCUCUUCUGGAUACCUUACAGCAUCAUCUAUACCCUUAGUGCCCUAUCGACAGCGACCCAAAGGCUCGAGUUUCCAUUCGAGUGCGCACCCUCCUUCGCUUUCGAUCUCGCGUGCCACUGCCCCCUCCUUCCCCCUCCCAGGGUGCUACGUGAUCUACCUUUACUUAUCGCUCUCUCGCUCUCUCUAUCUCUGUAACACGUCACUGCUGGCCCAGCAUGAACAUACAACUCGACGACGUCUCCCCCCAGAUCGCAUACUAUGCCGCCGCCGGAUCCGCUUCCGGCUGGAUCGUUGACCAUACUUCUGAUAAAGCAUCCAUGGUAUCAUCCUACAGCAAAGGCACUUUCCACGGCACAUACGGCGACGGCGACUACAUGGUGUACAAGUUCAAUGGCUCGGCUGUUGCCAUCUAUGGAGCGAAGCGUGAAAAUCAUGGGAUUUAUGGAGUCUCGGUAGACGGCGGGGACGUGUUGAUGUCUGAUGGGUACUCAGCAACCACGCUUUUCAAGCAAGUUUUGUUCUCAAAGACCGGGUUGGACGAUUCGGAACAUACUGUUACGAUUACAAACUACCCCAACUCCAGUACCUCAGCUGUAGCGGGCAAUCAUUGGUUGGACAUCGACUACAUCCAAACAACGUCCUCCACCCCAGGCCAAGUUUACACCACUAUAAUUGACGACGCCAACCCAGUCAUCACAUACACCAGCUGGAACACAUAUGUCGAUUCCAACAAGAAUGUCGAGUUCUUCAACUUGACGGACCAUACUACUUCUACUGACAGGGCUACUAUGACUGUUCCGUUUACAGGAUCGAGUAUCCAGCUCGUCGCAUCUCUGAACGACGUACACGGCAACUACUCUGUUUCGCUCGACGGUGCCGAAGCCCAAGUGUUCAAUUCAAACUUCUUUACACCCGUCUAUCAAGUUCCUAUUUAUACAGCCUCGGGUCUGGACGAAGGUGAUCAUACGGUGACAGUCACAAAUCUCGGCUCGGGCACCACAGCGGUCUUGUCGUUCGAUUACGCUAUGGUCAACUCAACUUCCUCGCCUGCUUCUUCUACUUCUGUCGUCGUGGCUUCGACGCUUGCUUCCACUGCCGCCGGAUCCGAUUCUACCACCUCUACGUCCAACCUCAGUAACGGUGCUGGUGAGACCACGGCCUCAAGCUCGACUUCUUCUUCCUCCUCUUCCGCCGUCGUAGCAGGCGCUUCCGAAGACACGAACGGCGGGACGAAGACCAACGUCGGUGCCAUCUCUGGCGGCGUUGCCGGCGGUGUCGUAACCCUCGCUCUUCUAGCCGUUCUAGCACUCUGGUUCUUCCGCCGUCGACGCAACUCUGCUUCUUCCUCCCAGUUCAGCGAGGACGGGUCUAGGGAAGGAUCUUAUUUUGAUUAUGCCCCCGGCGCUGCUGGUGCUCACUCGAGACAAACGACAUCGUCUUCGAGGAAUAUGCUUGAUUUGGGAUCUUCCGGAGGAAGUGCGGGAAGGCAUACACCGAGGUCUAUGCUUUGGUCCGGAGGGGCCCCCCGCACACCUGUCACCCCCUUUGUUGACCAUCCCAAUCAACAGCAACAGCACCCUUACGACGAAAGGUCAUAUCACCCUCCUCCCAGUAGUGGCGGCAGUUCCUCCGGCGGCGGUACCUUCUUGUACAACAGCUCUGCCCCGUUGUCCCCUGGUUCUCAAGACGCUACCUUGGUGAACGACGCCACCGCCAACAGUCCCUUCUUCCCGUCUAUCCCUCCUCCCCCGGGGUCCAACGCUUCGUCCUACCCCCGUUCGACGCACCAAUCGUCUCGGGGCGCGAUGCCUGCGACUUUUACGCCCUUCACCGGUACGGGGGGUGCUUCUGAGACCCUCAUGCAGCAGGGGCCGGGCGUGGGUCCGGCGACUGUCAGUACAGCUCAGUUGAGCGAGAAGUCGCGAGCUGGUACGGGUGGAUCUGGGGGUGCGCCGACGUUUCCGAGAAUGGGUAGUAUGGGCAGUUUCUCGGCGCUUUCUCAUUUUACUGCAGAACAGGGUGGGGGCGAUAGGCAGCCGCCGGAGUAUGUCCAAGCUGUUCAGCCUCGUGGACAGCACUAG